GGUGGACAUGGCAAACAGCGUGGCUUUCGUAGCGCCUGCCCUCCAAGAAGCGGGAGUGGCAAGGCAGAUCCACACUGCACCGGUCUCCCCGAGCCCCAAAGCUUCCGGCACUGGCUAUGCUGGCCCCGCCGUGGCCUCGGUGGCUGUGGCUCUGGCUGCACGCACCGUCGGCCGCCAGCGCCGUCGCACAUCGGCACGACAGCAAGUGGCGAUGCGUGCCUCAACCCUGGACCAGCUGAAGCAGGUGGGCGGCAAGGAGGGAAGCAUUCCACUGACCAAGUAUCGCAACAUCGGGAUCAUGGCCCACAUCGAUGCUGGAAAGACCACGACGACGGAGCGUAUCCUCUACUACACAGGUCGCGAGAAGAACAUCGGUGAAGUGCACGAAGGGCAGGCCACCAUGGACUGGAUGGAGCAGGAGCAGGAGCGAGGAAUCACCAUCACAAGCGCAGCAACCACGGCUUUCUGGGAUGGACACCGGAUCAACAUCGUGGACACACCAGGUCACGUGGACUUCACCCUGGAAGUGGAGCGAUCUCUCCGAGUGCUCGACGGUGCCGUGGCUGUUUUCGACGGCGUGGCAGGUGUCGAGCCGCAGAGCGAGACCGUUUGGCGCCAGGCCGACAAGUACAAGGUGCCGCGAAUGUGCUUUGUGAACAAGAUGGACCGCGAGGGCGCGGACUUCUUCAAGGAUGUGCAAAUGAUGGUGGACCAGCUCGGCACAAAUCCUGUCCCCAUCCAGCUUCCCAUCGGAAAGGGCGCCAGCUUCAAGGGUGUCUUCGAUCUGGUGGAGAUGAAAUCAAUGAUCUGGACUGGUGGGGAGCUCGGCGCGAAGUAUGACGUGACAGAUGACAUCCCGGAGGGCAUGGAAGAAGAGGUUGAGAAGUGGCGUGAGAACCUCAUUGAGAAGGCGGUGGAGCAGGACGAAGAGGUUCUGGAGGCUUACCUCGAGUCUGGCGAGCCACCAUCUCUGGAAGAUCUCAAGAAGUGCAUCCGCAAAGGAACCCUGACAUUCAGCCUGGUGCCAGUGCUUUGCGGAACCGCCUUCAAGAACAAGGGUGUGCAGCCGUUGCUGGAUGCCGUCUGCGACUACUUGCCAUCGCCAGUCGAUCUUCCCCCCACCAAGGGCAAGAACCCCAAGAACGAGGUGGCGGCGGACCCUUACAUCGGCACCCUGACCUUUUACCGCAUUUAUUCGGGCAAGGUCAAGAGCGGAGAGAUGGUUUGGAACCCCAGGACCAAGUCCAAGGAGCGCAUGGGCCGCAUGGUUCUCAUGCAUUCCAACAAGCGCGAGGAAAUCAAGGAGGCCCAGGCAGGCGACAUCAUUGCCGUUGUGGGCCUGAAGGACACCACCACAGGUGACACCCUGUGCGCAGUGGACGCCCCCAUUGUGCUGGAGAAGAUGGAAUUCCCGGAACCUGUGAUUAAGGUCUCCUGUGAGCCCAGCUCGCAGAAGGAUGCUGACAAGAUGGGUGAGGCGCUUGCCAAGUUGGCAGCUGAAGACCCUUCCUUCCGCUUCAGUCGGGACGAGGAGUCCAAUCAGACCGUGAUCGAGGGCAUGGGUGAGCUGCACCUGGAGAUCAUCAUCGACCGCCUCAAGCGCGAGUUCAAGGUAGAAGCCAACAUUGGCAAGCCCCAGGUCGCGUACCGAGAGACAAUCACAGAGCCAGUCGAGCUCUGGUACACCCACAAGAAGCAGACGGGUGGUUCGGGCCAGUAUGCGAAGCUUUGCAUGUCCUUCGAGCCCAACCCUGGAGAGGGCUUCGAGUUCUCCAACGAAAUUAUCGGCGGAACGGUUCCAAAGGAGUACGUGCCGGCAGUGAUCAAGGGCACCGAGGGCGAGCUGCUGAACGGCAUCCGCAUGGGCUUUCCAGUCGUGGACGUCAAGGCCAAACUGAAGGAUG